AUGGUGCUAAAAACGGAUAAUAAUCCGGCCAAUUUGGUCAUUGAUCAAAAUUCAAAAUUUUUAGAAAUGAAAUCAGUUCAACCAUAUAAUUCAACAGACGAAUACUUAUAUGCUAUGAAAGAAGAUCUCGCUGAAUGGUUAAGCUCAAUGUAUAAUGAAUCAAUAACGGCCGAUAAUUUUAUUGAAUCUUUAGAAAACGGUGUACUAUUGUGUAAACAUGCAAAUAAUGUAAAUGAAGCAGCACGUAAUGCAUUAAAAUUAAACUUAGUUGAUCAUUAUGAUACAAAAAUAACAAACGAAAAUUGUAUUUAUCGUGAGAAUAGUCGUCCACAAACAUUUAAUGCAAGAGACAAUGUAUCUAAUUUUAUUAAAUGGUGCAGAAAAGUUGGCGUUCGUGAAGUUUUAAUGUUUGAAUCGGAUGAUUUAAUAUUGAGAAAAAACGAAAAAAAUUUUUUAUUCUGUUUAUUAGAAAUUGCUCGUUAUGGUGCUAAAUUCGGUGUUAGUGUACCGAAUAUUAUUAGGUUAGAAAAAGAAAUUGAAGAAGAAAUUCAACGUGAUAAACAAGAAGAAAUAAUGAGUUUUACAGAAUUACAACGUUUACAACGAUCGGUGAAAAAAAACAGCAUCGGAAGUAUUAAAGCAAGUCAUAGAUAUAGUAAAUUAUUGAAUUUUGUACGAAAUGAGCAUCAUGACAAUAGUAUGCCCAUCGAAAGAGCAUCAUCAUCACCACCACCACCCGUAUUAACGAAACAAAUAUCUCUCACUGACGAUAGCAAUUUAACUAAACUAAAAUCGAUCGAGCCGGAUAAUAUUGAUUCUCAAAAUAUAUAUACAAAUUCUUCCUCCACAUUAUCAUUACAAUCAAAAUCAAACAAUUACAGCACAUUCUCAUUGACUCAUUCGAACGGUGCAAAUUGGCUAAGAUCAAAAAUUCCAAAAUUUUCGAAAAAACGUCGUAGUAGUGAAGGCAGUAAUUUUAAUAGCGCUAUCACGUCGAUUGAGACAGAUACAACCAUUGUAGAAAGCAGAACACUGGGUGAAAGUUAUGAAACGGAUACGUUAGAUACUACAGCAACUACUAAAUCAACAUCACAGUUACACAAAACGGUAUGUAAAAUGAUGAAUGCAUGUUGUUGUCCACAAAAAUUUCCCGUUAUACAAAUCGGUGAAGGAAAAUAUCGAAUUGGUCAAAGUGGAACCAUUGUUUUUAUACGAAUUUUAAGAAAUCACGUUAUGGUGCGAGUUGGAGGAGGAUGGGAUACAUUAGAAAAUUAUUUAAAUAAACAUGAUCCUUGUCGUUGGCAUCGACGAACAGAAACUCACGUUGAACAAAGUGAAUCGCCCAUUAUAGCUGUACCGACUAUUAUGAAGUUAAAUGCAAUGAAACCGAAAAAUUUCAGUGGUGGGCAGCCCGUUGCUCUUCGCACAGAGCAAUUUCCACUUCGUCCAACAACUGGAGGUGGUGAUCUUCAAGGUGCUGAAUUGGUUAUCACACGAGGUGUAGAUGGUCGCCAUCGAAUAGGACAAAUCGUUUACAAAUCUGAAGAAGAUCUUUUGAAACCGAGAAACAAUCAUUCGGAAAAAUGUCAACAUCAUGACACUUUACCAAAAGAAAUCACGCCAAGAAAAUCAAAAGGUUUAAGUGUAAGAGGUACAGGUGUUGAAUAUCCGUCGACUCCAGCUAAACUACCAGUAUCAUCUGAGACCAUAGUUGAAUCAUCAAAACCUUUGUUGAACGAAGAACCAGAAAUUGUCAGUUCAGCAAUAAAUAGAAAAGAAACUAAUGAGAGUCCAGAAACUAGUGAGAAUUCAGAAACUAAAACAGUAACAAACGACGUAAAACCUAUCAGUGAUGAACUGUUAAAUAUUAAUUCAGUUGAUGAUAAUAAAAACAAAUUGGAUGAAAAUCAUCAUCGCGAUUCAAGUAUCAAAAAAGCAAUCCCAGAAAACAAAUCAAACGUGUACAAAACAUCUCUUUCUCUCGAUGCUAAAGGAACAGAGCUGAUUAAUAAAGAGAAAGAUCAAUACUCACGCCGCCGUAUAGAACCAAUCGAUCUAACGUUGCCGAACAAAGGUAUGCUGAAAGAUACAAGAACAGUUCAGAAUUUAUCUCUCGUUCUUUCAGAUAUUCGACAUCACGAACAAAAACAAUUGAAAGCAAUAGAGAAUACCAGUGAGAGAGAUAAUAAACGUUCGGCAAGACUGUAUUCUAAAAAAUCUAAUACGAUCCCAUGUAUUGUAGAAUAUCCGAAAAUAUCUACAAAUGAUCAUGAUGAUGGCAGCACACAGCAUGUUAAUGAUACUAAUUUCAUUACUGAAUCGACGAGACCACAUUUACCAUGGGAUUUUCAAUCAAAUGAAUCUUAUCAGCAUGUACUCAAACAUCAGGAAGAGGAAACUCAAAAGCGCUCUCAAAAUGUUCUACUGGACGACAAUUCAUCUCAUUUCGAUGUACCAUUUGAAGAAACACUGCUAAGUUCUUCUGAAUCGAAAAAUCCAAUGUUUGAUGAAUGGAAUGAAAAUGAUAUGGCACAAGGUGUAUCUGACGUUUUGAAUGCAAUUGGUCCAAUUGAAAAGAAACAACUAGGUAUAACAGAAUCCAUUAUUUCAAAUAUAGACGGGUUUACACAAUCACAACAAAAUGAUUUUGAUUUGAACGAUAUUGAAGAUGCCAUGAUUGGAGUUAAAUCAAAAGAAACGACUGACAUAAAGAAUGAAGAUAACAUGGAUGGAGAUAGUUUAGAGAGUUAUGAGGCUAUAAUCGAUAACAAAGUCAACAGAGAUAAAUCAAAAACUCUCACAGCACUAUUCAUGGAACAAAAACAAAAGCAACCGCCAACUUACAAACGACCGUCUUUACCACAAACGACCACAAAUAAACCAUUUCAUCCAAAAUUAGCUUAUUGUCGAUCAAAUACAAUGCCGGACGUAAUUGUGGCUGUCAGUGAUCAAAAGGUUUCGAGAGGUAGACGACGUCAACCAUUUAUAACCAGCGCCAGAGGUGAGAAACGAAGUGAUUCAGUUCGCUCUAGCGAUAGCUCGCGAACCACAACAGUAACAACAACUAUGAAAAACAAUCCACAAUCUCGUCCUUCACUAGUUGAACAAAAACGACAUAGUCAGUCAACUGAAGUACUGUCAAAUUCAACGAAAAAUAAUAAUAUAAAACAUCGUUCGAAUCAUUUAGCUUACGAUCGAGACUCAGGAUUUGACGAACAAGACUUUCGCCGAGAACGCUUGCGCUCUGAAGAUGAUUCUUCGUCAAUAGUUAGUGACGGUAGUACAUUCCGGUCAUCGUACGGUGAUGUCAAAUAUCGUGAAAAUAAGGCGUAUGAACUACGUUUAAAAGCAUUAGACUUUACAAAAAUUUUGAACGAAAAACACGCUCAAGAGCCACGUAUGAAGUCAUUACAUAAUCGACGAAAUUACAAUUAUGCUGAAACAAAAGGUAGCGAAGUUAUCUAUGGCACAACACCGAGAGUUCGUCUGAGUGGAAAAUAUCGUAAAAACGGUGAUAAUUAUCUCACAAUGAAAAUGUUACAAACACAUAAUGAUAAUACCGAAUAA